CGGCCUGUGGAGAGUCAUGUGAUCAUCACCGUCCACACAGCAGUCGAGCGCGAGCGGUGUGGAGUCUGCUGAACUUUAGUCGUUUUACAGAAAAUUAGUUCAUAAACCUCGAUAUACUAGAUUAAAUAAUGGCGAGCACAUCUUUCGUGAUUUCUAUAUCAGUUAUGACUGUGUUGUGGGGUCUUGUUGGUGGAGUUAUUCCUCUGUUUAUUCCUAAAGGACCGAAUCGAGGAGUCAUUGUGACCAUGUUGGUACUGACUGCAGUUUGUUGCUACCUGUUCUGGCUGAUAGCUAUUCUAGCACAGCUGAACCCAUUGCUUGGACCAACACUUAGCAACGAUACCAUCUGGUACCUCUUCUAUCACUGGCCAUAGGGUCUAUUGCUGGAUUCAUUGGUCCCUUUACAAACCAGAUGCUGGAAGUUUGUAGAUUGCCAAAAAUAAGAACAUUUUCACUGUCGCUUUCUCUACAAGGGAAAACACCUUUUGAUUCAAGCUUUACAUGCUGUUCUCUUACACAAAGAAUGACGACCAUAUCCCUGUUUGUGGAAUAUGAUUUGUGUUGAUAUUUAUUUGACCUCAUGUUCAAGGAAAUAAGCAAAUAAAUGUGUUGCCUUUUUUGUUUUAUGAGAGUAUUGUAUUUUGGCUUUGUACUUUGUGUAAUGUGUGUUAAAUGACCUGAUCAUUAGACUAGCUUUUCCUUUUUAUUUGUAUGAUUCUGUAUGUAAAAUAAAUGAUGAAUGAGGAGAGGAAAUGUAA